AUGGCCGGUCCAAACUUCGCUUCAGGUUCAGGGUCACCUACCAGACCAAGUGCCUUGCAACUCCCUAUUCCUCCUCCGCUACUUCAUACACGCGCCAGCCAAGAGAACUACGACCGACCCUCCACACCUACUCACAACCAAAAUGAAUUCACAAGCCCGGUACAAACACCUACUGGGAGCCCUAGCAAGAAUCGAAUGCCUCCUGGUGCCUUGAAUCUGCCUGGGGUUUUCGAGAAAGCAAUGAAAUUGGCUCCUUCCUCACCUACCAAGUCAGGAUUCGGCACACCAAGCUCCCCUGGUAAGGGUUUGUCUGUACUAGAAGACUUCAAUGGAAGUGUAAUCCAUCAGGAGCCCUACCAACAAGCUCCCGGAAGCCCAACGCGCCGAUCGAAUAAAGAAAAUGCUCCGCCAGGUGUGCCACGCCUGGGAAAAGAGCUUGGUCUCAAUGCCAAUUCGGCUGCCGUAUCUAGGAUGGAACAAUAUCAACAGCGCGACAACAUGGAGAGUGUGCGACGAGCUCAAAACCAGACUAUGCGCGGUUUGACGCCAGAGGAGCUGGAGAAGCUUCAGCUACCCAAGGUCAAACGAUUGGCGAAUGUGACUCAGCUUUAUUUCCUCGAUCAUUAUUUUGACAUACUCAGCUAUGUGCACAAUCGCCAAACCCGGUACAACCAAUUCAAAGCCGCCUACCCUCCAGAGACCCCGGCCGAAGAGUACGAGCCUGCGCUUCAGAAAUACCUCGGCCGCGAACGUGCUAAUCUCCGGAAACGACGCACUCGUCUGCGACAUGGUGAUUUCCAUAUUCUAACUCAAGUUGGUCAAGGUGGAUAUGGACAGGUUUAUUUGGCACAGAAGAAAGAUACCCGUGAAGUGUGCGCUUUGAAGAUCAUGAGCAAGAAGCUGCUUUUCAAGCUCGAUGAAAUCCGUCAUAUCUUGACUGAGCGUGAUAUUUUGACUGCUGCCAAGAGCGACUGGCUAGUGAAACUCUUGUACGCUUUCCAAGAUGACCAACAAAUCUAUCUUGCCAUGGAAUAUGUGCCAGGUGGUGACUUCCGAACCUUACUCAACAACACCGGAGUCCUACAUAAUCGACACGCACGCUUUUACAUUGCCGAAAUGUUCAGCUGUGUCGAUGCUUUGCACAACCUGGGUUACAUCCACCGAGACUUGAAGCCAGAGAAUUUCUUGAUUGAUGGCACCGGACACGUCAAGUUGACUGAUUUUGGUCUGGCUGCGGGUAUGCUAAGCCCUGGAAAAAUUGAGUCCAUGCGCAUCAAAUUGGAGGAAGUCGGCAAUACAUCAGUUCCCUUUGGUCGGCCGAUGGAACAGCGAACGGCAGCGGAACGACGAGAAGGAUACCGAUCACUUCGAGAACGUGAGGUCAAUUAUGCCAAUUCCAUAGUCGGGUCUCCUGACUACAUGGCGCCUGAGGUGUUGAAGGGCGAGGAUUAUGAUUUCACUGUGGAUUAUUGGAGCUUGGGAUGUAUGCUCUUCGAAGCGUUGGCAGGAUAUCCUCCAUUUGCCGGUGCUACUGUGGAUGAGACUUGGCAGAACUUGAAGCGCUGGCAGAAAGUGCUGAGGAAGCCUCAGUAUGAGGAUCCGAACUAUUUCCUCUCUCGCCGAACUUGGGAUUUGAUCACACGCCUGGUGGCAGCGAAGGACACGCGGUUCAAGAACAUUCAACAAAUUCACGACCAUGAGUACUUUGCCGAGGUGGACUUUACUAAGUUGCGUGAGCGCAUGGCACCGUUUGUUCCAGAGCUGGACUCAGAAACUGAUGCGGGCUACUUCGAUGACUUUAGCAAUGAAGCUGAUAUGGCCAAGUAUAAAGAGGUGCACGAUAAGCAACGGCAAUUGGAGGAAAUGGCAGAUCGGGACGAGCAGAUGGGUAAAGGAUUAUUUGUUGGAUUCACAUUCAGACAUCGCAAGCCAGCCGUGGAAGAUGGUCGAGGAAGUCCUCGAAAGUCUAUUCUUACAGAGGGCACCUUUGGCACGAUCUUUUAA